AUGGCUCAAAGUGACUUCCUCUACCCAGAGAACCCAAAAAGGCGACAAGAAGUAAAUCGUCUUCACCAGGAGCUCCUUGACUGCUUAUCUGACAGCUUCCAUGCCACCAAUAAGCUGAUUGGGGUUUUAAAUACGCACUUAGGGUGCAGGCUGGCCUCCAUUGAAAUGAAAAGAGAUGCGACCAUCAAAGAAAACUGUGAUAUCAUCAUCCAAGCCAUGAUGAAAAUCCAAAAAGAAUUGCAAAAGGUUGAUGAAGCACUAAAAGAUAAACUAGAGCCAACCCUUUAUAGAAAACUUCAGGAUAUUAAGGAAAAAGAAACCGAGAAAAUUGCAAUAGUACAAAAGGUUAUUUCAGUCAUCCUGGGAGAAGCUACUUCUGCUGCCAGUGCAGUGGCUGUUAAACUCGUGGGCUCAAACAUCACAACUGGCAUAAUUAACAAGUUGGUCACUGUGUUAGCUCAAAUUGGUGCUUCUCUCCUUGGUAGCAUAGGAGUUGCUGUUCUUGGCCUUGGCAUAGAUAUGAUCUUCCGUGCCAUCCUGGGAGCAGUGGAGAAAACACAGCUUCAAGAAGCCAUCAAAAGUUAUGAGAAGCAUCUGGUGGAAUUCAAGUCAGCCUCAGAAAAAUAUCAUCAUGCCAUUAUUGAGGUCACCAACACAGUGAAACACCAAAUGAAAUAA